AGACCCACCUGUGCUAGUUCCAAAGCCCGGGGCGCAGUGGACAAGCCACGUGCACCACUGCAGCAGCACUGACCAGUGUCCGUGACUCUUCUGGUGGAACGAAUCGACAAAAGCGUGCUCCUGAUCUGGAUGUGAAGACACUUCACUGUGCCUGGCGGAGCUUGAACCUUCUCACGGGAGCUGAGAGACCUUAGGAGAGAAUAUUUGCACCAGGCAAGGAGUAACUCUUCAGAAGUGGAAUAAAGAAACAGCUUUUGCAAAAUACUGUUCUUGAUUCCUGCACCCCAUAUUCAAAUCUACUGCUGAGAUCAACGAAAAAGAAAUGAUAAAAUUUUUUCUUAUGGUAAACAAACAAGGUCAAACAAGGCUCUCUAGGUAUUACGAGCAUAUAGAAAUUAAUAAACGGACAAUGCUGGAAGCUGAAGUAAUCAAAAACUGUCUCUCCCGUUCAAAGGAUCAGUGCUCUUUCAUUGAAUAUAAGGACUUUAAGCUGGUAUACCGACAGUACGCAGCCCUUUUCGUAGUCGUUGGAAUCAACGAGACAGAGAAUGAGAUGGCAGUGUAUGAACUAAUUCAUAAUUUUGUGGAAGUUUUGGACAAAUACUUCAGCAGAGUGAGUGAAUUAGAUAUCAUGUUCAAUUUAGACAGAGUGCACAUCAUUUUGGAUGAAAUGGUGCUAAAUGGUUGCAUUGUGGAAACAAACAGGAAUCGAAUUCUUGCCCCUCUGUUUGUGCUUGACAAAGUGGCAGAAAGCUAGGAAGAUGCAAGACCGACUACAGCGUUUUUCCAAAAGACAGUACAAUCAUCAAGAGGGUACCGACAGCAGUUGUCUGAUGUCGCAAGACUGACUCAUGCAGUAUUCAAAUUAGUUGGAAAAGUAUUUCCUGUUUCUCCUAUACCCUACGUACCUGAUAGAAAGAUAAAGCUAAACAUAAAGCAGAACCUUCAAUUUCAGAUGCAGGUUUAUUGAGGCACCAGAAAUCCUUCUGGAACAGUCAAUGUUUUUAAAAAUUGACCCGGGAUAAAGUAAUGGAAACUUACAUAUGGCCAUCUAGGUAUGACUUUGAAUUACACAGCAUUGUGCCAGACCUAAGAGAAGACAGAAAAUAGGGAAAUAGAAAUUCAGACUGAGUUUCAAUGCUUCCUUUAAGCACCAACUUGAUUUUUUUUUUAUUUUCAUACAUAUGUAUUGUAAAUUAAACUUACGUAACUUUUGUAACCUCUUUUAAACUAGAUUUGGCCUGCAUCAAAAAGCUGGUUUCACUCCCUUUUCCAUGUAAGUCAUGGUUACAAAAGCAAUGUAAACAACAGAAGUAUAGACAUAUUUAGUAUUCCUGCAUACUAUGUUAAGUUGUAACUAGAAAUAUUUGGCAC